AUGGCCAUGGCGGACGCCAAAAUCACACCGGAGGUCCUCAAAGAGAUGCGCGGCUUCGUCAUGCGAGGCGGGACGAGCAUCGAGUUCCGGAUAGAGCAGCUUGAGCUCCUGCGAAACAUUCUCAGGGAGGAGAAGGACGCCAUCCUGGCGGCGCUGGACAAAGAUCUGGGCCUCGGCGCAGACGAGGCCCAGGCCUUGGUCUGGCAGCUCUGCCCGCUGCUCCUGGACGUGAAUGACGCAUUGGACGGCAUCAGGGACUGGAGCGCGCCCAAGAAAGUGGCGACGCCGUUGGCUUUGCAGCCUGCCUCCUGCUAUGUGGAAGCGCAGCCCAAAGGGGUGGUGCUCGUGAUCGGCGCGUGGAACUACCCGCUGAAUGUCACCAUCAAUCCUUUCAUCUCCGCCCUGGCGGCGGGCAAUGCAGUGAUCGUCAAGCCCUCCGAGCUCGCGCCGGAGAGUGCUUUGAUCAUGCAGAAAAUCUUGGGGCGACUGGACCCACGUGCCGUGCGGGUGGUGCUCGGAGGCCCGGAGGUGUCCCGAGAGCUGGUGGCGUCGCCCUUCGACCACAUCGCCUACACAGGCUCUGGCCGAGUGGGCAAGCUGGUGUUCGAGGCCGCGGCCGCCAACAUGAUACCGGUGACUCUCGAGCUCGGCGGCAAGUCUCCCGUGCUGAUGUGCGGGGGUAUCAACAUCGCGGAGGCGUGCAAGCGGGUGAUCACCGGGAAGUUUGUGAACUGCGGCCAGACCUGCAUCGCGCCGGACUAUCUGCUGGUGGAGCGCUCUGUGAAGGACGAGGUGGUGGCGCAGCUGAAGGCGGCGGUCCAGGAGAUGCUGGGCGAGGGCACGGCGGCGGCCAAGCGGAUGCCGCGGAUGAUCAACGCCCAGGCUGCAAACCGGAUCCUCACAGCUCUGCGAGAAGCCCACGGCGGCAAGGUGGAGCACGGGGGCCCGGAGGUGCUGCCCAGCACUGAGGUGCAGUCCGCAGAUCGCUUUGUGCAGCCCACCAUUGUGGUGGACCCCAGCAAGGACAGCCUGCUGAUGCAGGAGGAGAUCUUCGGGCCGGUGCUGCCGAUUCUGACGGUCGCCAGCUGCGAUGAGGCGGUGAGCUACAUCAACUCCAAGCCGAAGCCGUUGGCGGUGUACGUCUUCGCGCCGCAAGCGGUGGUAGACCACGUGAUGGCCUCGACCAGUUCGGGCUCGGUGGUGGUGGGAGACGUCAUGGUGCAGCGGGGCAACCCCUCCCUGCCCUUCGGAGGCAUCGGCGGCUCGGGCAUCGGGCGCCUGCAGGGCGUCUCCGGCUUCGAAGAGUUCUCCAACAAGCGAUCCGUGAUGCACCGCCCGCUGAUGGUGCCCUCGGCUUUGCGCCUGCCGGGCGAUGCCGCGCUGGCCAAGGUGGCGUGGAUGUAUGCCAACGUGCAUCCCCGCACCUUGAAGAACGUGGGCCGGGGCGGCAAGCUUCUGGCGCUGCUGGUCUUUGUCCUCGCCUGUCGGAAGCUCGGCCGCUUCCUGCGGCCGUCCUUGUGA